UGCCCCUGGACGGGGGCCUGCAGCGACUUCGAACGCCACCGCAGCAGCUGCCCUUUUCUCCCUGUCACUUGCGAUCUUUGCUCCGGCUCAAUGCUGCGCCGCGCCCUCGACAAUCAUCUGUCGAACGAGUGCUCGGAGCGGCCGACGAAGUGCGAAUUUUGUAACACCGAAAUGCCUUACCGACAGAUCAAGCGGCACGGACGCCUGUGUUUGAAGCAGCCGGUGAGCUGUAGCUGUGGACUGACAUUUCCCCGGGACGAGCUCGAUGAACACGUUGCGACGGAUUGCCCGCGAGCCGUCAUCGCGUGUCCCUAC